AUCUAAUUCAAUGGAGGAAAGUAAUCAAAUAAUGCUUCUGGGCACAGCUGCAAGCCCGUAUGUCAACAGGGUUCAGUUCGUCCUCAACCUUAAAUCUAUCAAAUACGAAUUCAUUGAGGAAAAUCUUGCAUGCAAAAGUGAUCUCCUCUUGGCAUCAAACCCAGUUCUAAAAAAGGUCCCUGUUCUUUUACAAGCAAACAAACCACCGCUUUGUGAAUCUCUUAUCAUAAUCGAUUACUUAGAGGAAAUCUACCCCAAUGUCCACAAACUCCUCCCAGCUGAUCCUUUAGAUCGAGCCAUUGUCCGAUUUUGGGCCAAUUACAUGGAUAACGAGGUUUUACCUUUAUACGAAAAGUUGAGGUGUACACCUGACAAAGAAGGAAAAGAAGUAGUAAUAAAGCAGAUUAUUGAAGAAUCAUGUUUGAUAGAAAAAACACAUAUCAAGUUUAGUAAUGGGAAGUCUUAUUUCGGUGGAGAAGAUGUGGGUUAUUUGGAUGUUGUUCUUGGAAGUUUCAUAGGUUGGACAAGAUUUGUUGAAAACCAUUAUACUUUCAAGAUAUUUGAUGGAAUUAGGACACCCAAUCUUGUAGAAUGGGCAGAACGUAUGACAUCACAUGAAGACAUUAAAGAUGUGAUCCCAAGUGAGGAAACACUCAUGAAUUUCUAUAUGAUGAUUCAAGAAACACAAACAACCAAGAGCUGUUUGAAGCUAUAUUAG